AGGUCAGUAAGAGUGAUCCUGGAAUUUGCAUGCUAUCUUUAUUUAGCACAGUGGUUAUGAAUAACUAUCACAAAGUAGUGGUUUUCAAGGGAAUUUAUAUGGUUGUAAGAAAUAUUUAGUCAGCUGGUCAUUUUUACUCACUCAAAAUCUGCCAUGGAGUGAGAUGUCUGAUGUUUCCCCAGGGAUCUGUUGGAGCCACUUGUCCAGUGUCGGGGUUACUGCCCUGAGUGCCCCGAUGACUACAGGCACCACUGUUGCCUUCAUCUUCCAGGCUUUCUCAAGCUCCUCCUUGAGCCCUUGGUACUUCUCUCAUUUCUUGUGUUCCUUCUUUCUGAUGUUGGUAUCGUUUGGGACGUCUUUCCUCUGCUGUUUUUCUACAAUUACAAUGUCCGCUUGGUUGGCCAUUACCUUUUUGGCAGUCUGUAUCUGGAAGUCCCACAGGAUCUUAGCUCAGUCAUUCUCCAUCACCUUGAGAGGUGCUUCCCAUUUUGACCACAGGGUUUCCAGUCCAUAUUCUGCACAGGUGUUCUUGUACACUAUACCGGCUACUUGGUUAUGGUGUUCCAUGUAUGCUUUUCCUGCCAGCAUCUUACAUCCUGUUAGGUGUUGGACUGUUUCAGGGCCCUCUUUGCACAGCCUGCACCUGGGAUCUUGCCUGGCAUGGUAGAUCUGGGCCUCUAUUGCUCUGGUGAUCAAGGCCUGUUCUUGUGCAUAUGCACUUUUUUUCUCCCUUUGGAAAUUGCACAGUUAAAAAUAAAAGAAAAAUACCUUAAUUUAUCAUGUAUUGUCCUAUUUUGAUAUAUUUUGAUGACAAGUUAUUUUUCUUAGGUAUAUUGUUUCGGGUAAAAAUCACCCAGCAAUAGUGAUGGUGUUACAUAUUUUAGCGUAUAGUGUUCUGGGGUUAAGUGGAUAAAUAGAAAUGUAAUAAAUCCGUGAGGAACAUAACCUUGAUAUAGGCUACUGCAUUAUGCAGCUCUGUGUUUUCAGGUGAUAAACCUCUUUUAAAACUUUUAAUAUCAGUGAGAUAUAAAUAUUAAUUCGUUUUUGUGCCUAAAGACUUUUUCCCACAGAAAAAAGUAGGUUACAUCGACUCCAUUAGUCAUACCCACAGUUCAUCCCUCAGAAACCCCCAUUUACCACAUCUCGAAUCCAGAUGAGAAUCCACUCUCUUCUUUCUGAUGCCAUCUGCACGCUGUACGCUUCCUAUUGGUCAAGGCCCGCCGGUUAUCAGUAAGCGAGGAUUCUGAUUGGUUCCUGGAACUGUCAUUCUUCAUCGACGACACCGAUAAUUGGCUGACGUCUCCGGCUUCGAGCAGCUGAUUGGUUGAUACGCUUCCUUCGCCUGGCUGCUUAGAUGACAGGCAAGUGGUGCUGAUGCUGUGACAAUGGGAGUCAUCCAGAUAAGCAUCAUCUGGACCGAGUGUGCUUAAAAACACAGCAGCAGCAGCGGCACACACACACGUUUAACUGACUGUGAAGGGACAGGAAAAGGCAGCCGGGUAGAAACGUGGGGAGGAACCUCCAGCUGCUGCUCUCAAAGGGUGAGUUUAUCCCAGGAGAACGGACUGACAUGCCCGGGGCGACCAGUUAGCUGCUACCGACGCGGGGGGCUGGGGAAACAGCUCACAAGCACGGUGUUAGGAAGACUGUGAAUCCCGCUGGCUAGGUGAAGCAAGGUUAGCAAUCUUCAGCAGCCUCUCUGAAGAUGUUCUGCUCUCUGACUGCUCUGUUAUUGCAGCGGUUGUUUUAAGGCAGCUGUGAGUCAACUCGUCCCCCCUGCUCGACUGCAUUGCGGAGGAAGCAUGCCUUGCAGUGGAGCAUGGGUCCACUUUACUAUAUAACGCUUAUUCUGUCCAUCAGGUCUUUAAUCCACCAGUGGGUCUCCUGCUGAAGGUUAUUGUGCUGUGAUCUUCACGCUUUCUCCCAUCCCUGUCAUCCUUUUCUCACUCAUCAGCAUCAUUAAUGUCACAAGAAAACCCUUUAUGCAUCUGCUUCAAGCUAAAAUAUGCAUUAUCAUUCAUUUAGAUGUCAAAAUCGUGCAGAAUGUCAUCACUGGAUGCACAAAAAUUCUGGUGGCCAUUGCAUAAAUUUGUGCUAUGCAUGCUGGGAUUUGAAGUGUCAGAAUGUGUGUCUGCUCACAGUGAUUGGAAGAUUUAUCUUAUAAGGAUAUUUGCAAUAAACAUAUGCCAUUCCCAACACUUAACACUUUAGUAGAUUUGAGGAAGGUGCAGUGCAUGCUGGGGUUUGAAGUUCCAGGACAUGUCUGUCUACAGUCUGAGAAUUACAUGUAUGUCACAUGAAUAGCCUAAAUUUGCAUCAAAAGAGUCCCUGUAGGCACUGAAACUUUGAUAGGUUUACACACAAAUUUGUAGUUGAGUGCGAUGAAUGCUGGGAAUUGAAGUUUCAGGGUGAUUUACAGUGGCUAUUUCAUGUUAAGAUAGAGGAAAUUUGCCAUCAAGAUACCUUUUCUUAGACUAUAGUGAGGUCAGUGCAGUGCGUGCUGGGAUUUGAUGGUUCAGUAUGUGUUUGUUUAUGGUUAAAUUAUUAUUUAAUUGAAGUCUAGCGAGAAUUUACAUUCAAAACUAUCACAGUCAUUGGUUUCUGCAAAGAUUGUAGUGCAGCGCAAUGCAUGCUGGGGUUCGAAGUCUUAAAGGGUAUGUGUGUUCACAGUGAGAAUUAAUUGAUGUGCAAUAUUGGCUUAAAUAUUUUUUAUCAUCUCCUGACAGCUUUUGAAUUUCUUUAUUCAGAUUUGUGUGAAGUUGCUGUGCAUGCUGGGACUUGGAGUUCGGGGAUGCAUACAUCAGAUUUCUGAAGUCAGCACCCAGCUGUAACAGCAUAUGCAAGAGUUAGUACUGACCUGUGGUGAGGCGGAGUGCAUGCUGGGGUUUGACGUAUAUUAGGAGGGGAGGGUUGUCAGCAGACAAUGAUUUAGAAAGCUGCUUCUGCUUUUCUGCAACUUUGCAAAGAUGUCUCUAAGUGCUCCACAGUGUUCUCUACUUUUGCAUUGUAAUGCUUACCCCAGCGGUACAGAUGCCAUAUUUUGUUGCUAUAAAAAUGUCUUUCCUCUGCUUUUUAAGUCUAGAUAUGGGGGUGUUCAGUCGGCAGAAGUUUUUCCAGGAGCUUGCUCAUGGCUGCCUGCUGCCUACAGCUCAGCAGGGCCUGGAGCAGGUAUGGCAGCUGCUGGUUAUCUGCCUGCUGUGUCGGCUGCUCUGGAUGCUGGGUGAGAUUCAUUGUCUGCCCCCUCAGUGUUAGUCACCGAUCACACACGAUGCUUACCUCAUCAUAAACCCGGUUCUGUUUGUUAUUUCUUCAUCUCUGCUUCGUCAGGGCUCCCCUCCUUCAUCAAACACCUGAGCACAGUAGCAGGAGGUUUCUACACUCUUUACCUGUUCUUUGAGCUCCAUAUGAUCUGGGUGGUCCUCCUCAGCCUCCUCUGCUACCUCUUCCUCUUCCUGUGCCGCCACUCAACAAUCAGAGGCACCUUCCUCUCCAUCACUGUGCUUAUCUACCUGCUGCUGGGGUAACAGCAUCCACCUUUGAAGCUCGACAGCUCAUUAGCACACGUCAAGUCUAUGUUUGAAGCAAAGUUUAAUUUGGAGUGAAAAAUACAUAAAAACUGAAGCUAUUCUUAUCCAAUUUUCACAGGGAGAUGCACAUGAUGGACACCACAAACUGGCACAAGAUGAGAGGUGGGCGUAUUUCCCGCAAGCAGCAGCUCUUGACACAUUUCGUCUAGAUAAAAGCAACAACUAUGAUUGUUUUAGGUUAAUUUCAACCGAAGCAAAAUGCUCUUAUAUUUGAUUCUUCUGAGUAUAUAUGCUGCCGCUGUCCUUUAGGUUCUCAGAUGGUGGUUGCCAUGAAAGCGAUCUCUCUCGCCUUCGAUUUGGACAGAGGGGUUGUGACCAGCGUUCCUUCACCUAUUGAGUUCAUGGGCUACAUUUACUUUGUGGGUACAGUCAUCUUUGGUCCUUGGAUCAGCUACAACAGCUACAAAGAAGCUUUAGAGGGACGUAAGCUGGUGAGUGAGAUACAGUAUCUCAUAAGUAUUGGAGAAGGUGGAGGGGAGUGAGGAUUAUUUAAAAGAUUUAUCCCGAGGCGAGACGCUAACUGUUCAAAUCUCUCCUUCCCCUCAGAGCCUUUCAUGGCUGUUAAAGGUGAUUGUUAGCUGGGUGAAGGCGCAGGUCUGCCUUGUCAUCUCCAACUGCGUCGCCCCCUACCUCUUCCCUUAUUUCAUACCGGUGUACGGAGACAAGCUGCUACGAAGGUAAGGGAAUCAGAGUGAAACCUGUGUAUCGUUUGCUUACUUUCACGGUUUGCUUGUGGCUUAAUUCUUUUCUCCGACUAUCUGUUUUGUUUACAGCAAAAAAAGGAGGAAGAUCAGGUAAUUAACUGUCUUUAUCUCUGUUAUACUCGUACACAACAUUGUGGGCGUCCACUCUGCAUAAUUUUAAAUGUUUUGAGCGCAGUGUUUCUCAGGAUAAUGGUUUACCCUCAGGAUAUUUUAGAAAACCAUAGGGGGUACUUAGGAUUUACUUAAGAAAUUAUUCUUAAAGUUCUUCCACUGUAAGUUCAUAAUAAGAAAAACACAGUUUAUGUGUUUGAUCAGCUGUUUCUGUGACUGUUUUUAUACAUAUAUGAAUAGGCAAUCUAAAGAAUAGGUUUGUUGUUGAAAUGGAGCAGCAAUACAGCAACAAAUGUGGGGAAAGGAGACGUUAAAACACCGGGAGUACGAGGAAAACAAGCUCCAAAGCUCUCUGCAAAAUCUCCCCAGGCUUUACGCUUUUUUCAGGGGUGGAAAUUAGCUUCUGCAUAGCAUGCUACCAGCACAUCCUAUGAGCUGUUUUCAGUUAAAAGAUGUGGUUUAGUAGAUUAGACACUGAUGGUACAGCUCUUUAUAUAUCUUUAUCACCUCUGUCCUCCUUUCUGGGCAGUCAUCUUACCCUGUCAACCCCAAGUUUUAUCUCCUUUAAAAAGAUGUCAAUGAUUUCAUAUCAAGCAAUUUCACAAAAUAUGUACAGGUAAAAAGUUUUAACGCUCCACUCUCUUCUCUGUCUGAUUACCAGAGGAACUGCAGCAAAGUAAGUCCUUCAAACUUUCACAGUCAUCCAUUAAUCAGGUCCUCCUUCACCUGAAAUUGGAAUAUAACUCCGGUCUUUUUCAUUCUCCGUGCAUUAGGUGGUUGCUGGCGUAUGAGAACACCAUGUCUUUCCACUUUAGCAAUUAUUUCGUUGGAUAUUUGAGCGAGACGACGACGACUCUGGCUGGGGCGGGCUUCACCGAGGAGAAAGACAACCUGAAAUGGUAAGAAUUUCAUGUUCAUUAUCACACUGAUGCUCAUAUUUCUCCUUUAUGUUUGAUCAGUAUUACAUGAACUCUUCCUCCUACAGGGAUUUGAGUGUAUCCAAGCCGCUGAAUAUAGAGUUCCCCAGGUCAAUGGUUGAGGUGGUCACAUCGUGGAAUCAGCCGAUGUCUUCCUUUCUGCACACCUGUGAGUUCUGACUCGAACUGCGAUGUCUUGAUGGCAGCAGCUGUUCGUACUUUUCAGUCUAAUCAUGAGCUGCACCAUAACGACGCUCAUUCAAAUAGACACUCUCAGAGAUGCCGCUCUCAUUUCACAGAUGUUUUCAAGAGCGCUCUCAAGUUUGGGACGUUCUCUGCCGUCAUGGUGACGUACACAGCCAGCGCUCUGCUGCAUGUGAGUGCAAUACAGAAGCUACACAAACGACUAUUCCUGAAACUGACGAUCUUUACUUGUGUGUGCACGUGUUUGUUUCAACAAGUGGAUUAUUGUGGUUGUAACUUCUGUAUCUGAUAGGGUUUAAGUUUUCAUCUGGGCGCAGUGCUAAUAUCUCUGGGGUUCAUCACGUACAUCGAACACGGUGAGCCUAAUGUCUCUUUCCUACAUUAGAACCUUUCCAUUAUGAGAAGGUGCUUAGCUUUGCAGUAAUGGUUAAUUGCACACACUAUUACACACUGUUUCUGUUCUCUGCAGUGAUAAUAAUUUACCUCUUAUGGCUGGAAAGGAACUCUUACUCCGGCCUCUUUUUAAUGCCUUCGUUCUUCUUUUGUGUUUCAGUGUUGCGGAAGAGGCUCGCAGCCAUUUUUAAUGCCUGUGUCCUCACGAAGAAAUGUCAGCCAAACUGCAGCCACCAGAAUAAAACGGUAAUAUGCACUUUUCUCUUCUCUCUCUCUCACUACUUUUUGACAAGAAAAUGUAGUACUUCUAAUAAAAAUAAGGAGGUUUGCAUUAAAUAUUAAAGAAAUAAUUUGGAAAAGAAUGCUUUCUUUGCAUAAUUAUCAUAAAUAAUACUAAAAUGUGCGUACAAAACAUUUAUAGUGAGCUAAAGUAAGAGGUUUUAGCUUAGCCAAGAGAGGCAGUUGAAAUAGCUAGCUGAGGGUUGUUUUAGGGUGUUGUAGUAUAUUUUGUUGCAGUGAAUUAUCAGACUGUCUUUAGUGGUUUGGUUUUCAGUUUUAAAAUGCUAAAAUAUUCUCAGAUUGUUCCUGUUCUGCCUUCAAAUCUUGAGCGCAGACGUCACAGUUGUAUCACUCUUCUUAUCUUUCUCCCAGCCAAAACAGUAAAUUUGCAUAUUUUCCUCUGAAUGUCAGACUAAAUAUUUUUGUAUUCUGAUGAUUUCUUCCUGUUUUUGUGAAUAGUUUUUGUUAGAUAGGAGAACUGAGGGAAGAUAGAUAAUGUGAGGAGUGGAACCAGCGACCUCUACGACGAGGACAGAGAGCAGAAACAGCCCCCCAUCACAUGUUUUUAAUGUAGCAUGUUCAACUAACAUCUGACAAGCUCUUCACACUGCAUAAUUAGAAAUCUGUUAUCUCUGUCUGAGCAUUAGCGUAUGUUUGAACAUGUUUGCUUCAGAUUCUGGUGAUGCUCCAGCUCUUUUAUUUGUGCAAUUGGCCAUUGAACUGGCACUGCUGGCACUUCCUCUCAGAGCAGGAGGUGCUCAAAGGGGGCCCACCUAGUCGCUCUUCAGAGCUUCUCACAUUUUCACCAUUACAACGCAGUACAGCAAACGGUUAAAACCUUACAGAGACUUGAUUAUUGUUUUUCUAAAGUUGUGUAUGCAUUAGGUUUUAUACCGGAGAAAAACAAAUCUGCUGCAGUUAAAAUAAAGCAGCCCCCACGGUCUGCCUUGUGCUGUCAGAUGAUAUAUUUUGGGAGUUUACUGGCAAGAAGCCCAGCCAAAAAAAAAAAAAAAAAAUCCCUUAUGUUAUAUUUGCUACACACAUCAAGAACAGCAGGGAGAGGGAAUAAUGAUUUAUGCCAAAGAGAAGCAGCCUGUAUGGGCUGCAACACAGCGCUGAUCGUUCCCAUCACAACUUAGGCAAUGAAAUGUUACAGCCCCAGAAAAUGCGGUCUCAAUAUCAAGUUUUCCUCCAUAACAUAAAAUAUUCAUCACUGAACUUGCAACUAUCAGAGUUUAUGUUGGAGAAGAUAAUAUUUCUGUUGAGUUAACACUUUAGCUAAUCUGUUUUAUCGAGACUGGAAGAAGCCGAUAAAGAGAAUAGGAUUUGUUAUCGCUUCUAUGAGAAAAACCAGCUCGUAUUUCAAUGAAAACAGAUAUACACUGAACGCCUGGAGUAUUGAUUUAACUUUCUGUUGUGGUCUUUCUCUGCAGAAGCUAUGGGUGUAUAUAGUUAACAUAGCAUUCAGUGCGUUGGCAAUGCUCCACCUGACGUACCUGGGCUCUGUGUUCAACUCCAGCGUGGACUAUAUGGAGGAGGAUGAGGUGAGAACACAUCACUCAAACUCAGACGCGUUGCUGUCACAGCACCAUUAGGUCUCGGUUAUUACCUUACAUUUAUGGAUUAUAGUUUAAUGUGCAAAAUCUCAUCGGGCUUGAUGUGCAUAGUCAGGUGCGUCAAAAUUCGUAAUUUCGUGUAUAUUUGCAUCGUUCCUGGUGUGUAAGGACCUUAAGAGACCACUUGAUCUGCGCAAGUCCAGUUCAUACUUAUCUUAUUCUUCCUACAGCCUUGGGUGUUUUUAUAAAUGAUUAAUGUACUUAUUUACUUUAUGUUCUAUUUUUUUUACGUAAAUAUGUUGGAGACUGACUGUUUAUUGAGUAGAGGAUGAGGGGUAAGUUUUAAAAAAGCAUUAUGCCUCAUCCUACUCCUUUUCGGAUGUGUUGGGUUCGCAUUAUUAUCAUUACCAUUAUCAUUUUUUAUUUUUAUUUUUUAUUCAUUUGUUUGCUUUGAUUAUUAAUUUAAUAUUAAUAUUAAUUUUGUUGUGAAUAUUUUCAUGUUUGUUUGCGCGCACAUGUUCGAAAAAAAUAAAUAUAUGAUAUAAAUGAAAAAGUCUGGAAUCAAAAAUCUAAACCGGCAAAUUUCACCUUCAUCUCUUUGAUCUGAGAUACCAGAAAGAGUACAGUAUCCUCAAAUGAUCUUUGAUUUGCCAUACAUACUGUUCUGAAUAAGCCGGUUUAAAAUUACACUGUACUUAUCAUAUGUACAGCACACUAUGUGACAUACCUACAUGUGAAAUGCCAUAUAGGACUGUAACCUGAGCUGCUGUAUUAAUAGUUCAGAGGAGGGAAGUGUGCUGUCCUGUAGAAGUUGUUGCAGAUAGAAAUGAAAAAGUAGAAGCAUGAGGAUUAUUCGUCUUGGAUUUGUUGAAAUGUUUCUGUUAGGGAUGUAAGUUUGUGAAUGACCACUGACAUAGUUUAUACUGCCCCCUACAGGACGAUAUAACCCAUCAUACCAUUCAGAAGUGGUCAGAGCUGAGCUGGACCAGCCACUGGGUCACAUUCGGAUGCUGGAUUUUGUACCGCCUCAUUCUCUAAUAAUGACAGACGGAGGAACAGAGGAAGUUAAAGGAAGCAAUAAUGAGGUUUGUAAGGCUGGUUCUCCUCAUCUGCACUGUGACUUAAUCCUGCAUCAGACCGAAGAGAACCGAAUCAACCUGAAAUCAACAACAAGCCAACAGGCAGUGCUCAGGUUGCGCCGCAUGUUGGCUGGGUAAUCUAUUAUUCAAACCUGCUGAGGACUAGUUUUUGAUAUCCAUGAAAUGAUAGCCCGCUCCCUCCUCCUUCUCCCUCGUAUCACACCCUUUUUAUCAGAGCCGCAGUUGUCGAGCCCUCAUGUUGUGACAGCAGUUACCGAUGUCUCACUGUGAGUCACAAUCAAUACCUAUCAGCAUGGUGGAGAUCGGCUGCUCUUCUCUGUGGAGACAUGAUAGAGCACAUUAUCCGGGUUUCAGCCUCGGCUGCGGCAGAUGUCCUCCAGAUGUGGUUUCCCUUCACUCGAAGUGUUUUACAAUCGUAGUUUAGAGUUUGAGCGAUGAGGCUGGUGACUUUACAAGGUUUUCUUAUCUUUAACAGAUCCAAUGAAACAAACAGAAACGACGAAACAGAGUACUUGUCUGUCUAAAUUUUCUGCUUUGGAUUUUAAGAAUAUGUAAGAAUGUAGCUUUGAGAGGAACAUGUCUUAGUUUGCAUUUGUUUGGGACUAUUUUCAGUGGUGGAUUGAUACAUUAUUCAUGCUUUUGUGAGUGUAAAUGUAGGAUUCAAUCAAACCCAAGUACAGUACCAACUUUUGUUUGUAUCAGAAAUAUGUUAACUCGCUAAAUCAAUAUUUUCGAGCUGAAAAUAUGAGCUAAAUCAGCAUCGAUUACAGACAAUACUUGUUUUUUCUAUUUUUUUGUUUCAUAGGAUUUGUUGGAUAUAAAAAAGAAUCUCAUCUUUAAAAAAGAAAAGAGUCUCUUGAGCAUGUUCAAGAAAACAAAGAGAGUUUAUGUUCGAAUAAAAGGAGCACAGAAUAUGGUUAUGAGGCAGCAACUUUUAGGUAGCCGAUACUAUUUUUUUCCUUUUUGUGAAUCUUAAAGAAAAUCAAUCACUAAGUCUAUGAAUGAUUUUUGUGGAGAAUUUUACUCUUAGUGUUUUGUGUUACUCUAAUCUUUUUCCUUCAAAUUAAAUCCUCUGCAUUUACAUAGAAAAGGUCGUGGUGAACAUUUGAAACACUCUGUCACUCUUCAGUAUUGAAAACUAAAGUUUAUAAUCAGGGUAUUUCACACACACGUGUUACUGUAGAGGGAAAAUGUUUUAAUCCUUUUCCAUUAGAUGAAAUCAUACAGUAUAUUGAGUAUUUAUCCAGAUUUUUAUUGCACUGCUGCUUUUAAUAAUGCAUCUCUGUGAUUGAUGAUUAAUUACAAAAGAUUCAGAUGAGCAUCUGUUUCAGAUUGUGUUCACAUUUUGUCGACAUCUUUCUUCAAUCUAAACUGAAUCGCUCCUUGAGUAAGAUGUAGUGUUUUAGAUUAGAGUCUGAAUGUUCGUUCAUGCCUGAGAACAAGUGCUCAGUCUCCGCAGACCUGAUACCACACGAUCCAACAAGUACAGUCUUUUAAAUAGAGCUCUAAUAUUAACUUUAAGGCGACUUUUCUCCCUGUAAAUGUGAAGGCACUGACACACCUGUGAUAUUUUUAUAAAAUUUUACAUGAAACAUGC